AUGGAAAUUAUCGUAGUCGGCGCCGGAAUCGCCGGUCUCAGUGCUGGUAUAGCCCUGCGCAGAGCAGGACACACAGUAACGAUCCUCGAGCAGUCCGCCCUGCUCCAAGAGACUGGAGCCGCCAUUUCGAUAGCACCAAAUGCAUCACCGGUCCUCCGCAGCUGGGGCUUCGACAUUGCGCAGUCGCGCAUGGUCGCCAUCAAGACCGGAAGCAUCCUCAAUGGUAUGGAUAUGCAAAUGAUGGUGCCAAACUACUACGUGCAUAUCCAAGAGAAUUACGGCUCUCCCAUUUAUUCCGUACACCGCGUCGAUCUCCAUGACCAGCUGAAAACCCUGGCAACAGGAGAGAAUGGACCAGGUCAGCCGUGCAAGUUACAUGUUCGUGCCACGGUGGUUGAUUAUGAUCCCGUCCAUGCAAAAAUAACCACUGCCGAUGGCACAGUCUGGCAGGCGGACCUGAUUAUUGCAGCGAAUGGUGUGCACUCGACGGCUAGAGAACACGUCCUCGCUACAGACGAGAGCCAAGCUAGUGAUACGGGCUGGGCAACUAUGCGAUGGCUGGUGCCGACAGAGGAGUUACUGGCAGACCCGGAUACUGCACCUUUGGUUGAAGAUUCUACCCAGAGGUAUUUUAUGGGCGCUCAAGGCGGGGGUUUGGUAUGGUACAUGUGUAGGAACAACGAGGUACAGAACUUCCUCUAUCUCUCACGGUCGUUCGCAAGCGAGAAUAUCACGGAAGACUUCCAAGCAGGUAUAGAGCCGACCAUGGUGAUGGACUAUGCAAAGAAGGAGUUUAGUCCAGCUCUGCAAGCUGUUCUUGCGAAAGCCAGGGACGUCAGAUUCUGGAAGCUGGUUGCUAGAAGCCCGCUGUCCUCGUGGCACAAAGAUUCUCUUGUUCUGAUCGGCGAUGCUGCUCAUCCCAUGCUUCCUUUCCAAGCUCAAGGCGGCGCACAAGCGAUCGAAGACGCCGCAGUACUUGGCAUUCUCUUGGACCAGGUACAAGACAAGGCCACUAUGGAGGUGCGUCUCGGACUCUUUGAGAAAAUCAGGAGGGGUCGGGGUUCGGCAGUCCAGAGGCUCUCCAACUCUGGCCCUCCAAUGCCACAAAGCGUCCGCGAUGCUGCUGCCAAGCACCUCCCCGAAGGUACGAGAUUGCAGAAUCAGGAUGAUGUCAUUGAUGCCAUAUUCUCUUUUGAUGUAAUCGGCAAAACAAAGGAGAUUCUUGCUACAAGUGUGUCUGGGCAAGAUGGCAAGUUGAAUGGAAUGCAGAAUGGAGGAACAGAGUUGUGA